UUAACUAAGCUUUGAAUAAGAUGCAAGUCAUGGGCAACAUAACAGUUCUUCAUCAUUGCUCAGUCGUGGACGAAGAAAAAGUUUGAAUAACUACACUGGAAGAAUUUGACAGCAAAAUUACAGUUGACUAGUAACAUGUUUCGUUUAAUGACUAAAAGUGAUAAAUUAAAAAAACCAAAAACAUUUGUAUAAUAUCAUUUAGUUCCCACGACAUUACAACAAUAACAUAUUGAACUGGUACUUCCUUUAACAACAAGAUGGACAAAUGAAUUAACUACAAUAUCCUUGUGAACCGGAAUUGUGACGGAUUUAGUGCUUUUCAUUGCUUUAUUUUAACGAUUAACACCGUUGUUUAGAGUUGUAAUCCUGACAAGGAAUGUUUUCCUAUAUUUCAUGUUUUACCGUUGCCUAAGAAAUAUAAAGUGUAUGUCAACUAUGUGAACUCACAGCAAUAAAUAAUAAUAUGUGUACACAUAUAUUUAUAUAGCAAAGCUGAUGAGAUUUUAUUCUAUACGUUGUGAGCUUUUUUAAUCACCACAGUGAGUUUAUCGUACAUGUAACUAUUAUAGUAAGAUGUCUUUGUUUGAAAGAAAACUUCUACGACUGACGCUUCUCUUUGUAAUUUGGUCCGUUGUCAUGGAAACGACAAACGGCGCAUGUUGUCGCAAACCUUUUAAAAAGCAUUGCUGGGAUUGCACACCCAGUACUCCUUGUUGUGGAUAUGGUUCUUGUAACAUAUUCUGUUGCGGAUGUGACUGUCGUAAAGAGCCAAGCGGAAAACUUUGUUUUGGACGUGGAGAUAAUUGCAUAUGUAUCAAAAUCAGACGAAAGCGUCAAUUGUCAUUUGAUACUACAGAUGUUUCUGCUUAUCAUACAUUUCUAGGAUUCGAUAUCAACAAAAAUGGGAUGAUGGAACAGUUUGAGUUUAGUAAAGCUUUGGAACAGAUGCACAUCACGGACAACAUGACCGUGUUUCAUCAUUGGUCAAUCAUGGACGAAGACAAAGAUGGGAUUAUAAGUCUUGAAGAAUUUGACAGAGAAAAAUUAUAGCUGAUCUAGAACAUGUUCCUUUUUAUACAUAAACGUCAAGAUUGAACAGGAGAAAACAUUGGAUAUUGAAAAUUAA